UGCCAGCUGCCCCUCACUUCUUCAAAGACAGUGAGUGAGGUCAGCCCUCAGGCUGUCUCUCGGGGUCAGGCCCAGUGUGAGAAGGCAGCAGAUUCAGCCCCUGAGGAGAAACCGGCCCCCAGUAGUGGCUCCCCAACAUCUCAGGCCUCUAGGCCUCGUAGACGAAAGUUCCCUCUACUGCCACGCAGGCGAGGGGAGCCUGUGAUGCUGCCACCUCCCUUACAGCUGGGGUUCCGGGUCACCGCUGAAGACCUGGACCUGGAGAAAAAGGCCGCACUCCUGUGCAUUAACAGUGCACUGCGGGGUGAGCCCAAGGCCAUCUGGGACUGCAGAGCCUCACUGCCUUCCCAUGCUUUGUUCUCACCGGCAACAGGGACGUCUUCUCUGCCUGCUGUCCCUAAAGCACCCAGCACGGAUGCACAGCAGGAGAGACGCAAGUCCCAAGAUCGCCUGGACCCCUUGACCCUCCUAGCAUCUGCUGCAGGGUCCCCCUCUAGACCUCCUGUGUCUGGGAGGAAGCACAGGUCAGCAGGCCCCCUGUUCUCCUCCUCAGACCCCCUUCCUGCCACCUCUGCACACUCCCGGGACUCAGCCCAGGCCUCAUCUUCUGCUCCAAGACACCCAGCCCAGGGCACCACAGCACACUCAGCCACAAGGGUUUCCAUACCC